AUGUCUUUUAACAACGAGUGUUUGCAAGCCCACAAUGAGUACCGAGCUAAACAUGGUGUGCCGCCAUUGAAGUACAACGCCCAACUAUCCGUGGACGCUACCCGCUUUGCUCAGCAGUUACUCCGGGAAGGAGCACUUCGCAGCAGCAAUGUCAGCGACCUAGGCGAAAAUAUAUACUCGGUGCGGUCCACGGAUCCAAAUUAUACGAUCAGUGGAGAAGCAGCGGUAAAUCACUGGUACAACAAAGAGUCAGAACAUGACUACUCUUGUGAACCGCCGGAGAACAACCCAACUGGUAACUUCACUCAAGUUGUCUGGAAAGACAGUCGGGAGUUGGCUAUUGGUUUGGCACAAGAGGGUGGAAGAGUCAUCGUUGUUACCAGGUACUCGCCACCAGGAAAUGUAAGGGGGCAAUUCUGUGCAAAUGUUCUACCACCGAUGUCAAGUGGUAUUCGAAGACAGGUCUGUCCUCAAGGACCACCCCAACCAACUUGCGUAAGACCUUCUGCCGCGUCAACUCCUAGAUCUAACGGCGCAUCUUCCUCUGGAAACUUUAACCGUGACUGUUUGAACCAACAUAAUAUGUACAGGGCUAAGCAUGGAGUACCUGCUUUACAACUAGAUGAUCAACUUUGCAGGUACAGUCAAGAGUGGGCUGAGGAGUUAGCAAGGCGUGGUGUGAUGCAACACCGGAGUCAGAAUACCUACGGAGAAAACAUCUUUUCUGCUUGGUCAUCUGAUCCUAACUAUACGGUAGAAGGUGGUAAGGCUGUUGAUUCAUGGUACGAUGAAAUUCAGUUCUAUACUUUUGGUCAAGAACCCAGGGAUUUAAAAGCUGGUCACUUUACCCAAGUGGUUUGGAGGCUUAGUGAAAAGUUAGGAGUUGGCAUUGCCAAAAAGAAUGGUCAUAUUUAUGUCGUGUGUAAUUAUUCCCCACCUGGAAAUUACGUUGGGAACUACACUCCGAACGUGCCUGCACCAUUGUAA